AUGUCGCAGUACAUUGGCCUUGGCCUCAACCGAAGCAACUCGAAUAGAUUUGCGGAUCGAUCAACAUCUACCCUCAAGGGGGUGGAUCGGCGCAUCAAGGGCCUAGAGCAGCAAAUCAAUAUCAAGGACCGACAGUUGGAAGAGCAAAACGCCGAGCUGUUAAGGAGGGCGACUGAUCUGGAGCGAAAACAUCUCGAGAUUCAAGAGCUCUCACAGUAUGCUAAAAAGUGGGACGAGUUCAAGGCCUUCAUGGACACGGCUCUUGCAAGCACCACGGCCAUCGAGAACCGGACCCUGAGAAGUGACAUGGACAACCUCCAUGCAAAAUAUCGGGUCCUACAAAAGCGCCUGAAGCAAGCCGAAGACGACCUACAAGAGGCCCAUGUGGAACAGGCCAAAGCAGCUGAAUCACUCCGGGACGUCCAGGCCAGCGCAUUCCGCUUCCAGGACCAACCGGAGUGGGCUCGGGAAUCAGACGAGGCUAUUCGCGCAAAGUUAACCAAUUUGGAGCGUGAAGCCCGAGGAUGGUGCAGUCGCAAUUCUGUUCAGGCGCUUUCUACCAUCCGGGCAUCCCCUGCACAACUGGAAACUGAUUGGCAGCACGUCAUGCGCUUUGACGAAGAGACAUUCACCCGCAAUGAUGAACACCUGCCACGUCUGCUUCUGUCUGCCUUGUUGAUGGACUAUAUUUACAGUCGCAUCUUCGCCAAGCCGUUGUUCUUUCUCCGCUGGCGUGUCGCACCAGAGGAGCCCUCCUCCGCCGUGGCUGGGCCCGGGCGCCAACUACACGAACCACUCGCAGGGAUGCUGGAUGAAAUGACCCAGGGGAACCUGGAGGGCAGUCAUGCCUGGCGCGCUCACCUGUUAAGGCUGUUGGACCCCAACCCGCGCAGCGAUCAGCCCGAGCGCCCGUUCCUCGAAGCAACCAAAAGGCGCACCGAGGAGGCUCGUGAAAAGGCAGCCAGCCAGAUCAUGCAUGAUUUCUUGGGCUCCUCCGCGGCAUUCCUGUUGAACCCCAGCCCCAUCGACGGACGCACAUUGGCGGAGCUGCAGCAUGUCUUCAGCACAGCCGCUCACCUCGCCUACAAACUAUGGCUGCGAAAAAGCUAUCUCUCCUGUACCUCGAUUGAGAGUAUCCCAGUGUACCGACAUGAUCUCCAGCUCAAGGCCCACUCCCUGCACAAUGUCCAGUUAGACGCCAACGAGAAGGCCUUGGAUGGUGUGCCCGUGCGCAUCGUCACGCAUCCAGGGGUUCUGGUGACUGGCAACAGCGAUGGAUCCAACUAUGACGUGUGUCGUGUUUGGAAAGAGCCUGUGGUGUGGAUGGGUUAG